CGCGCGGAGGCGAGGCAGGCGGAGCCGCAUAUAUAAAGGGGUCGAGUGGCUGGCAUCUUAAGCCAAGCUGGUCUACCGUACAACAUACAUCUCUCCCCAGAAUGAAGCUGUGCGCCGUGCUCGUGGGCCUCUGCUGCCUCGCCCUUGCCCCGGCGGGGACCCAGGCCUCCAGCGUGAAGGAGCGAGUGAAGAGGGACGGCGGCGUGAUCACUGCUGCCCUCAUCAGCGCCGGCGCCAGCCUCGUGUCCGGCGACGGAGGCGGGUCGUCCACGUGGGAGCUGCCUUCGGGACAAAUGAUCAACGCCAACAACUGCUGGCAGGACGGCUCCGGACCCUGCGCCAACGGCAACUGCCUGGACGACGAAGGGCGGCGCGGAUUGGUCAUCAAGGAGACCACGGUGUCGUGCAAGUGGUUCUGCGCCUGGAGGGCCCACUGCAAGACCCAGAUCUGCUGCGCCUGACGUGGCAGCUGGCGGCCCCUGCUCCUUCUGGC